AUGCAGUACUACUUUGUCGCAGGGCUUCGCCACCAUCACAACGAGACGGACUGCUCUUCGGUGCCAGCUCCGGAGACGUUGGAUGACGAUCGACCUUCAGCGCGCUUUACAUCAUUCUGUGGACUAACGCUCGAUCAAGCACGGCCCGGGCAACUCUCUGAAUUUCACGUGCUUGAAGAUGACGGCGAUCCGGGAACAUCAGAGAGCGAUGAAUGGCAGGCCACGGCAAAGGAGGUUGGAGGACCCGAGAAACUACAAUCUCUCGUCCAAGUUGGCCUCGCAGCCGUCCGCGUCAGGGUCGGAAAUGCCCAUCUGCCGAGCUCUGAUGCAGAAACCAUCGAGUUAUCCGGUUUUCGCCUAUCUCGUGACCUGGUCGUUACUUGCGCUCACUUUUCGAACUGGAAGCUCGCUGAAAACAAUGUCCAAUCCUUCCUGAACGGGGCAAAUAGAGUUUGCGAAGCGAUUCAGGCGAUCUGGGUCGGAGGAAAAGGUCAGAGAAACCGCUUUACUCUCCGCCUUUGGGCAAUCCACAAAGAGUGGGACAGCGCCGUUUUUCGUAUCCCACAUUGGCCGGCGAAGGACAGUAAGAACUAUGUUGUCCAGAAAGACGAUGUGAACUUGGUCACUCCGGAGGAACGUCGCAACCUAAUUGGCGCUCCACGGGUGCAAUGCUGGUCAACUGGGUAUAACAGUGCUGUCAAUAUGGUCGAAUUUCGACAACGUUUCGAGGCGUUCUUAAGGCGUCACGGCGACGAGAAGACGAAGAUUGUUCAAGAUUACAAAUUCGACGAUGCCAACCCACCUGGGUCGGGCUUCCUUAUACCAGACAUGAGGACUGUCAGCUUCGGCACAAAUAUCGAACACCCGAGUUGUGCCAAAGACCACCAGGAGUGCGUUGAACUGAGUGCAUGGUACGGGCGAUCCGGUUCAAUGGUUUGCACUGAGAAAGACGGAAGAUCGACCAUCAUAGGCAUUAUCCAAGGAGGUGAAGAUGUCUCUGAUUGCAACCUCAUCUUGCUUUUCAGCACCGAAAUGACGGAAUGGUGGAAUGCCGCUACCGAUCUGGGGGAGAGUUCAGAUCCACAGGCGCUCGCCAGGCGAGUUGUCAUGGCUUGAUCGUGUCUAUCAGAGAAUCAACGGGAUUUCUUGCGUUGCUUUCGGUCGGCUUUUUCAGAGGCUUGGGGGUUUCGCUGGCCUGCUUGAAGUGUCCCAACACGGGUGUGCAUGAUGCUUUUCUUUUGCUAGGUAUCUAGCUAGCUGGGAAAGAAUCGGCACCGGUAGUCCUUCCACAGGCGAUAUACCCCUUCUGACCUAAUUCUAACUACUCGGUCACCUUC